AAACCGGCCACGGAAGACCAUACAGGUGUGCGCCUCCGUCGACGGGAUGAAGUCCAAGGCGGCCAACUACGAGACAGAGACGAUGCACCACGAGGCGCUCGGUGACCUUAAUGCAGCGCACGCGUGUCCGAGUGGCCGCAUGAAGAUGGAGGAACUGUUUCGACAGUGGCUGUCGCUUGACGCAACCAAAGAUAUGAUCUGCACGUUAGUUGACGACGUCAAGAACGGGCGCGAGAUUGUUGUGCCGGGCACACCAACCGGUGGGGGAGUGUCCAUUCUAGGGUCCAUGUCGCCGAGUAGUAGCAGUCACGCUGACCCGUGCCGGUCGCCAAAGCGACCGCCGAAUCACACCCCAAACCAUGCCCAACACAUUCGGAAAAAGUCGCACGGCAACUCGGACGAGAUCCACGUCGAGUUGCUACAACCGCUGCAACUGUCUGUCACACCCGAGGCAUCAACAGAGGAUGCGUCUGCUCGGAUUCCCAAGUUUUACUUUCCCAAGGAAGGCGGUCGAGGACGGGGACGGGCGUAUUCGCGCGACCAACUCAACCGAAAGGAACGCGACAUUGACGAACGGUUUCAGCUUGCCGGUGCGGGGCCCGAGGGCCUGAACGUAGACUCGUUCGUGUCAAUCACAAAGGACCUGUGUGGGUUCCCCAGCUUUUUCAACCUCCCGCUGUUCCUUCGCAUUCGAGCACUCAACAACGCGCCCAUCACAAGCGACUUCGACCCCGCGUCAACAUUUGUCAGCAAGGAAAUGUUUCACACGUUUUGGACGGUCGAAAUCGAGCCGUACGACAACGUAGAGCGCUUCUUCCGCCUCGUCAAGCAGCCGGGAAAAGACUACAUCGAGCACAGCGAUUUUGCCCCGUUCCUGCAUGAGCUGCUCAAGUACCAUCCCGGCUUGGAAUUCUUGUCUGGGACUCCCGAGUUCCAGGAGAAAUAUGCGGCGACAGUGGCCGUUCGCAUCUUCUACAUGGUGGACAAGGACAGUAGCGGUCGCAUCACCCUUCGAAAGCUGCGUCGGAGCAAUCUCGUCCAUGCGUUCAACGUGGUCGACGAAGAAGAAGACAUCAACAAAGUGAACGCGUACUUUUCCUACGAGCACUUUUACGUGCUGUACUGCAAAUUUUGGGAGCUCGAUACGGACCACGACUUUCUCCUCAGCCGCGACGACCUCAUGCGAUAUGGCGGCCAUGCACUGACGAGGGUGAUUGUCGAUCGUAUCUUCGACGCGGGGCGGCGGCCGUUUGCCCGAAUCCAAUCGCUCUCGACAGAGGACAAGACCAAGAUGAGCUACGAAGACUUUAUCUACUUUAUGCUUUCAGAAGAAGACAAAGGCAACCCCGUGAGCUUGCGGUACUGGUUUGAACUGAUCGACCUCGACGACGACCACGUGAUCCGCGCCGACGAAAUGCGCAUGUACUACAACCACCAGAUCCACCGCAUGGAGUGCCUUGGCCAGGAAGUGGUUCCAUUUGAGGACAUUAUGUGCCAAAUGUCGGACUUGUUGCACCCCGCCGUCGACGGCGACUUUCGCUUCGCCGACUUUAUUCGCCCCGAGAAGAUCCGAUUGUCGGGCGUGUUCUUCAACGUGCUGUUCAACCUGAGCAAGUUUAUCGAGUUUGAAGGCCGCGAUCCGUUUUUGCUGCGCCAGCAAAUGGCUGAACCAGAGUUGACAGAUUGGGAUCGAUUUGCACGAGCAGAGUACGCGCGGCUUGCAAUGGAAGAGGAAGGUCGGGAGAAUGAAAACACGAUGGAGAUCGAUACGAUGGACGGAUGGUACGACAGCCAAGACGACGUCGAUGUGAUGGAAGCGACAGACGCGGCCAAGACCGACGCUACCAAUAGAACCACGGCGGAAGCGCCAUUUUAGACCCCACAUGCAGACACGCGAGAUGUUAGAGUAAUAUGAUUCAUCCACGAGGGGAUGACCGAUCUAGUGCC